CGGACUAGCCGCCGCACCCACCGCAACCACCGCAGCCCCACAGCCCCGCGGAACCCACAGACACUGAAUCUCCUCUCCUCUGCUCGAGCGUGCUUUCUCUCUGUUCUCCGGUGUCGCGCCGUUGAAGCUCCGUCGCCGUCGCAGCAGCUGUGUCGCCGUCGUAGGAAGCUCCGUCACCGUCCUAGGAAGCCGUGUCGCCGUUGUAGGAAGCUCCCUCGCCGUCGCGUGGAAACUCUGGCCGUCGCCGUCUCCUCUGUUCAAGCGCUCUCUCUCUCUCUGUGUUUGCCGGCGUGGCCGUCUCCUUUGUCGUCGCCGUCACUCCCCUUCCUCCUCGCCGCCGGGAAACAUUGUUUUUGUUCAAUAUCUAUCAAGAUGGCAACUGGUAGUAUUCCAUUAUCAUUGUCAGGGGCCAAUCUUAUUGAACAGAAUUUUGAGAGGGGUUAUGAAUUAUAUGAAGUACUUUUAGACAGAGGAUUUCAACAAGAAGAAACUUUAAAACUGAAAAAAAUUGAUUUCCAGAAUGUUUCUAUUUAUGAUCAAGAAACAUUAUUUUAUAAAAGUUCAAUUGAAUGGAAUCAUAAUAACAUAAUCAAGGGAGAAUAUUUUUGCAAUGAUAACAAUGGAAAUCAAUGUUUUUAUUAUGAAAACUAUGAAAGGUUGGAUAGUGCCAUUGAUCUCAAUGUUAGGACUAUCAAACAAAUCAUCAUAGAAUUCUGUUUAGCAUUAGAUUGCAUUCACAAGAAUGGUUACUGUGUUAAUGAGUUUUAUAAAGAUAAUUUUGUGCUACGGAAAAGGAGUCAUAAGGUGGAAGGAUGUCUUGUCAGCUUGGACCUACAGCCAAUUCCGCAGAUCCGAAGUCAUGCACAAUGUGCAAUCAGAAAGGAUUUUGGGAAUCUGGCCAAAACAAUUAAAAAAUGUCUGAGUCAAAAUCAAUAUGCACAAGUGGAGUUACUUUUGCAAUUCAUCAAUGAUUUUGGAACAAGUGACACUUUAUGGAGUUUUCCUUCCUUAUUGAGCCCUUCGGACAGAAUCUAUUAUUACAACAAAAUUGGAAAUAUAUUCCAAGGGUUAGGUGAUGAUAUUCAAUCAAAAAUAGAAGUUGAUUUCAUGAAAAAAAUUGGACUAGAAGGACAAUCUUUUGAGUGGGUUGACAAGGCAAAGAGGAAUCAAUAUCUUAUAGCAGUCCUAACAUAUGAUUCAGAAAAAACUGGAGAUACUUCAGUAAAAUAUGAAGAUGGAUAUAGACAAUUCAUCCGGUUUUGCCAAAAUAUAUCAGCACAUGUUAGGAGAACAAAUUUGGGAUUUCUGAUAGAUAUUGAGAAUCAAAUUGAUGAAGCACUCACUCAAUUGUGUCCAAAUUUUUUGGAUGUGAUGCACCUGGUGCUAUACAAACAUUAUGUUUUCAUUGUGAAGAAGUAACAAGAAUAGACUUGAGAAGGAUCACAAAGAACUCGGACUCUAGAAUUGGUUUUUGUUUAUUUUUUAUUGAAUAUGG